AGAAAGAGAGAGAGAAUACAAGUCAAGUGAAUUCGCAGUUGAUGCAAAAGCUGCUCGCUCAUGUUCGUGCUGGCUCGGUUCGGUGUAACACUCACUGCGGUAAACAAGACCGUUUAUCCCCGUUCAUUCAGUUCUUCACUGGGGAUGAAUGAGCGUUGCGGACAUAACGUUUACAUUAUAAAGGACACCGCGCAAACCAGCAAGAUGAAGCACGAAUGAGAUUCCUAGGAUGUCUUUCAAGAAGGAAACACCUCUUGCCAACGCUGUGUUUUGGGCAGCAAGGAAAGGAAACUUGGCUUUGCUUCAGCUGUUGUUGAACAGCGGGCGAGUGGAUGUAGACUGCAAAGAUUGUUAUGGCACCUCUGCAUUGAUGGUGGCAUCUUACAGCGGGCAUUAUGAGUGUGUUCGGGAACUCAUCCUGCAAGGUGCAGAUAUUAAUCUGCAAAGAGAGACAGGUUCCACUGCCCUCUUCUUUGCUUCACAACAGGGCCAUAAUGAAAUUGUCAAGCUCCUGUUUGAAUUCGGAGCGUCCACCGAGUUUCGGACAAAGGAUGGCGGCACAGCACUCUCCGCAGCCUGUCAGUACGGUCACUCCAAAGUGGUGGACACCCUUCUGAAGAAUGGCGCCAAUGUCCAUGACCAGCUCAAUGAUGGUGCAACGGCCUUAUUUUUGGCUUCCCAAGAGGGUCAUGUGACUGUAAUACGUCAGCUUAUGUCAACCGGGGCUAAAGUCAAUCAACCUCGAGAGGAUGGCACAGCUCCGCUCUGGAUGGCAGCCCAGAUGGGACAUGACGAGGUGGUAAAAGUUCUGCUGCUACGAGGUGCGGACCGUGAUGCGGACAGAAAAGAUGGUUCUACGGCUCUGUUCAAGGCUGCACAUAAAGGAUACUGUAACGUCAUUGAGGAACUGCUCAAGUUCUCUCCCUCACUUGGCCUUCUGAAGAACGGUUCUACAGCUCUUCAUGCUGCCGUCAUGGGCGGGAAUCCCAAAACAGUCGCACUGUUGCUGAAGGCAAAUGCCGAUCCAGCUUUACCCAACAAGAACAAUGAACUGCCGGAGGAUCUUACGAAGAACGAACGCAUACUAAGAAUCCUGCGACUGCCGAUGCUGAAUGGAGGGAGUUGAUGACUGCUGUGUUUGUUUUUAUGCCCAUGAAAAAUGAAUGCACUACUUCUCAGUCCCAGGAGACUGAAAACAGAGCAGUCGCUGCCUGCAACAUCUUUCCAGUCUCGUUCAGUGGAUGCUUGAAGCUUCAGAUCGACAACACAAAUGCACUGAAAAGCAGAAUUGCUUAUUCUUCAUCCUUGAAAUGUUAUGACAUACUGUAUUAAUGUCAUUGGCUUUUUGUUUUCAGUCUAAAACAUUUAUUAAAGGUGCUCUGUGCUCUAAUAU